UCCAAUCCUAGCAAAUCAGCAGGUGCGAGGGUAGGAGAUGGCGAAAGGCAAACCCUAAUCGUCUCCCUGAUUUUAAAUUCCAACCACCUUCGUUAAGCAACCUCCAGAUAGCGACGGCGAAUAGGUGGCUCAUGAACCGCCUCCGAACGGUCGUCGAAGAGAGCCGUUGUUGGAACAGCCGCGGCGUGGUCAAGAUGAGCGAGGACGAACACAUACGGAUCAAUCUCAUCGAUAGCUGGCACAAACAGAAAGUCAGUGGGCAUGUGUACCCCCUUGGAAUCGAAGACAGCGGUAUCGUCGACGAGACCUGUGAUGACAUGCACAGGGACGGCAAACUGGACUGGAUGUUGCGCCCCACGCCAUUCGGAUGUCCGGUGUUCGUCGCCUGGCGUAUCGUCAACGGGGUCAGAAAAGGAAGAGUGGUGGUGGACCUUCCCGUUCGCCGCUGGAGCAGGAAUGCCGGGCGACAGCUGGCAACCGAGCAACCGGACAACGACAGCCACUCAACGUCAUAUCACCCACAAACGGACGGCCUUUCAGAACGGAAGAACCAGACCAAACGCCAUUCCAGACGCUUAUCCUCUGCCGAAUCAGGAGGAAAUCAUCAACAGUCUCAUCGGCGCCAAGUACUUCACGGCACUGGGCGCGUCAGCCUUCUUUCACCAGCUCCCGGUGUGGGAAAAGCAUCGAGAUCGAAUGAUCCUCUUCAGUCCGCGAGGCCUGGAAGUCAACAAAGUCGCGCUUAUGGGUUUCAAGAACUCGCCGGCAUACGCUCAGAGGUCAUUGGAAAGAUGGCAAAACACCUAGUUAAGCGGCGGCACCCUGCUCGGCUGAUGGCGAAGCAGCGCUGCAGCAAUACAAAAACGUAGCCUUGGGAUCCGCUAUGGUUCAAUUUCUACUAGGUAUGUAUGAAGUUGGUUUGUGAAACUCACUAGGUACUUUAGCCACUUCACCACUGGUAUCGAAGAACCACCUUGGCUGUUGUUUUCAGCCUUUGGGCUUAAACACGGUACUGACUGCUGAUGA